AUGGCGACCUGGGGAAUUGGAGAUAAUCAUGACUCGGACGAAGUCAAGUCACUCAAAGACCAACUGCGCCACAAAGAUGCACAAAUCGCGACACUUGGAGGUCAGCUUUUGAAGCGAGAAGAAGAUUUUAAGGGUCUUAGUGUGACAUGCAAUGAGAAUACUGACAAGCUUCGCAAAGAAGCUGACCGCGCGUUGGAACUGGAAGAAGCACUCACAAAACGAACCGAUGAGCUUCAGAAUGAACGCAUGACGCGUCAGAAUACCGAAGUUGCGCUGGCCGCUGCUCAGAAUAAGCUGAAAGAAGCGGAACAGGCCACGCAAGAAUUGUACGGCACUAUACAUUCGAUAUCAACGAAUGCAGGCGCGUCGUCAGAAGACAAGGCGAGAUUAGAGAAAGAGAACACCACGCUUCACGCACGUGUUCGCGCUCUUCAGUCGGAGAUAGCUGCAAGAGAGCAGGCAGAACAGCCUCUUUUGCGACGCAGCCAGCCGCAACCUAGCAAUUCGCGACGGUCUUCAGGUUCAACAACCUUGCGCCUGGCGGCUCUUGAGCGCGAAAAUUCCGAACUGCAAGCUUGCGUGUCCCAACAGGCCUCAGAGCUUCUUGACGCCCGAAAUCGCUUGUCUCGCGCACAAGAUUCCCUCGUCGGGAAGGAGAAUGAGAAGCAUGCGAUGGAGAAGCGACUACAACAGCAGCUGGAUGAAGUCCAAGCUGAGCUUAAAGAGCAACAGGACGAGCUCAAGGCACUGCAGGGGAGAGGAGGGGAGGAUGCCGCACAGAGAGAAACCGAUCUUUUGGAACGGCUAGAGGAGGAGGAGACGAGGAUUGCUGCAUUAGAGAAGGAGCUGACGCGGUCGAUGGAGAGCCGGAAGAAAGAGCUGUCGCUCUUACAGAAGGAGUUGGAUAGGUCAACAGUCCUUCUCAAGAAUGGGACCAAGAAGCUAGAGAAAGCUGAGGCUCAGAUCAUUCAGCUCAUGGACGAGAAGGAAGAGGGAUUGGCUCAGCGGAAGGAGGCGUACAAAGAGGUGGAGGAGCUCAAGCGUCAAGUCCAGGACGCAAAUUUCAGAAUCAGGUACUGUCCACCUCGACUAUUGACGGCGUCUCUUCCAUCCAGCUCUCCGCGCACGGAUGCAGUAACCGAAGCCUCAGUACAGCGCCUUCUGAGUGCAAUCGACCGACUCCGCGGCGAGCGCGACCAGCUGCGUAGGGAUCUCGAAUUCCUCAGCGCCGAGAAUAAGUUUGCGGUUGAAGACCUGCAAGCGAAAUUGGCUGAAGCGAUGGCAGCCCCAUCACCUCCACUGACGAAGGCAGGAUGCGCGAUGGAAGUCGACGGCGACGAGCUAGCUAUCUCCAUGACAAAGCUGAUUCAAACCGAACGAACCGCUCUAGUAUUUGCACUUGUCGCACAGCACGCACAGACGGAGCGAGAGGCGGGGUUGUCACAAAUUGAGCAUCUCCUGCAACAGCUGGACAAUGCUCGAUGGGAAUGCGAGGAGACGCGCAAUAAUCUUGCAGAGAAGGAGGCUCGCGAUGACCGAGUCAGCGUUCUGGAAAUGAGUUUGGAGACUACCAUGCAGAGCCUGCGGACGGCCGAAACUCAGGUCUCCGCGCUACGUGCCUCAACCGAGCGCUUGCAAAGCGAAAGCUCCCGUGAACACGAAGCAUAUGAAGAGACUCGUUCUUCACUCGCUGAAGCCCAGGCGUGCCUUGUCAAGCUCACGCAAGCGCUCGCCGAUGCUGAAGCGCAGCGUGAUUCGCUUGCUCUUGAAUUGCAGUACAGUCAGCAGGAGCUCAAGAACGUACGGGAAGAGUUGGAUGAAGCUAACAAGCGAUACGGGCAACAUUUGCGCUCCAUGUCCCACACCCAACAAACUCGUGCUUUGCAGGAACAGAUCGAGGCGUUGGAGCAGCGCGUAUUGAGAAGAACAGAGCAGAUUGGUGUACAUCAGCAUGACAUCAAGAGGCUCGAGACGAACUUGAAACUCCAGGAGGAGCGAGUGGCGGAGAUGACAACCGACUUGGAGGUCAUGUUGAAGGAGAAGGAGGCGAUGGUGGAAGACUGCAAGACCACUAGGGAACAACGCAACGAAGCGUUGAACAAGUGCGAGCAGCUGGAAGAGAAGACGGAGCGUUUGGAAGACGAGAAGGAGAAAUUGGCUCUCAGCAUGUCCGAUGCGGCGAAGGAAGCGAAACGCAUCAUUGAAGAGCAAGAAAGCCAAAUGGUACAGCUGAAAGCCAGUCUUAGCGAGGCCGAUGCGGAGGGUGUCAAGAAUGCCAGCUCUGUCCUCAAGUUGAACGCAGAACACGCACAAAUGACUCAGCUCCUUGACGACAAGAUAGAACUUAUACAUUGUCUUCUCAAGGAAAACGAGAUUUCCUCAAGUGAGACAGUCCAAGCGAUCAUUGCUCUCGCUACCGUCCGUGCUGACCUACGAGUCGCAACCUCCGCGUGCAAAUGCGCAACAGCUGGAAAAGUUGAGGCAGAGGAGCGACUGGUCGUAUUGCAGCAGGAGCUCGAUGUCAAGGUCUCUGAAUUCGCCAUUCAUAAGGCAGAACUGGAGACCAAGCUGGAAGAGCUGCAUCGCGAGCAUUUGCAGUUGGAAUCCAUGUCCGAGCAGGAGAUGAAGGCUCUUCGUCAAUCUAUCGUUGAACUUCACGACCAGCUUUCAAGCAGUGCCGACCAUUCACAAGCAGAAGACGACUUGAGAAGCCAGCUCGAACAAGCUCGAUCACGGCAUAGCGAGGAAAUCGAGGGGCUGCAGAGCCUUAUUGAACGACUCACCGCUGACCUUCACGAGGCACAACGAGUCUACGAAGAGUCGAAUGCAUCGCGCAAGCAAAUAGAAGAUGACUUUGACGGUAGAAAGCGGGCGCUCGAGCAGGAAUUGGAAGAUGCCCUUGCAAAACUGCAGGCAGCCACUCUCGCCCAUGAGCAACUUGCAGAGCUACACGGCAAACACCAGGUUGAACAAGACGGUCUUCGCGAAGAACUUAGCGCUCUAUCCCAGCAAUCUGCAGAACUGGACCGCGCACGCGAGGAACUCAUUCGUUCUACAGAGAAGCUUGAGGAGGCAAGUAAAGCCCAUACAGACUUGACCAGCGAAAAUGCGACGCAAUGCGAAGAACUCGAAGGGAACCUGACCGACUUGAAAGCUGCUCAUGUCAAGGAGCUGGAAGCUUUGCAGGAACAUCUCAGCGUUACUAGUACUCAACUUCGCGAAGCGGAGGAUGCCCGAUCCGACCUCAACGCUCGAUAUCGGCAGUUGAUGGAGGAGUCCUCAAGAACCGAGAAGCAGUUGCAGGACCAGCUGAGCUCUGUCGCAGAAGAGAUACGUCUCCUCAAGAGUAGGCUCGAGGAGGAGACAGAGCUCCAAUCUCAAUUGCAGAAAGAACGGGAAAGGCUUCGAGAAGCGGACGCAAGGCGGGCGGUCGCUGAAGAGGAAAGAAUCAAGUUGUCCGACGAACUGACUGUCCUUCGUGCCGAAGUUGACGACGUCAAAUCUACUCUGCAAGCUACGUGGCAAGAAAGAGACGGUCUGCAAUGUGAGAUCACGAAGCUUGAAGCUGAUAUCCAGCGCUUCAAGUCAUUGCAGCGGUUCACGGAAAGUCAGGCGAAGGAGAGCGCAACGCAGAUGAAGUCCCUCAAGAGCGACUUGGAUGAGGCUCGUGAGCUUGCUAAACGGGCCGAGAAUUCGUGCAAGGCCGCAGAAGCCACGCUCUCGAUGCGAGAGAUUCAACACGAGCAGACUGUGACAGCUCUGCGUCGUGAUCUGAAUGUGCUGCGAUCUUCCAAUCUAGACGAAAAGGUUGCUGAAUUGGAAGAGAGCAAUGUGGAGAUGGAGGAGCUGCUCAAGAAGAAGUGCCAGGAGAUUGAGGAUAACGAUGACCGCUAUCUCGAACUGCUCAAAGAGAAGAAGAAGCUCACUGGCAAGAUUGAGUCCUUGACCAGAAAGUUGAAUGCCCUUCAGAGCAAGGCAACAGCAUCAGCGGAGAUGAAGCCUCCGACGGUGGAAACCGCGACAGAGUCUUCCCGUGCCACAGUGCCUAGCAUAUCGCCGGUUGGCCCCAGAGCUUCAGCUUCCAAAUAUGAAGCCCGUGGAACACCGUCCGCGCGAUCAAUGUCUGCUCGCACAUCCGCCUCUUCGCACUCCCGCACCGCAUCCGGCUCGUCAGUCGUAUCGACGGCACAGAUGCCUGAUUCUUCUGCAGUCCCGCCAACAGUGUUCAGGUCUCGCACUGCAGACACGAAGCGCGCCAGCUCUCAGGCAGAAACUACACCCACCCCUCUUCCCUCUUCGUCUUCUUCAAGUUCAUUAGGAAAGAGACGUGUUCCGGAUGAUUUCGACAGCCACGACAAUCUGCCACCCCAAGGGUUCACUAGCGAAAGCCUCCCCAGCAGAGAUAUCGAAGCGACACCGCGCGCCCGCAAAGCGCUGCAAACGGGACCUGGGUUCACUCCUGUUCGUGGACGUAUCGCGUCUGUCGCUCCAGCAGAAGCAUCGCCUUCCAGAAGAGCGACCCCUGGGGCCGCUCUGCCAGACGUGACGAAUAGUUUGAAAGGGCGGCCUCGAGACGAGACCAAACCACACAAGGGUUGGUUAGCAAAGGCCAGAAAUGACCUUGCGCAAUCGAAGGAGAGAUUUUCAAGGCCACAGCGAUGA